AUGCGCGCCCGGCUGCUACAGUUCGUUACUGGAACAUCCCGUGUGCCGAUGAAUGGUUUCCGAGAGCUGUACGGAUCAAAUGGACCACAAAAAUUCACGAUUGAAAGAUGGGGUAAUUCCGAUAUGUUACCACGAGCACAUACCUGGCAAGUUGCUUUUCCAAUUACACCCUUCAAUCGCAUCGAUUUACCGCCCUAUACGAGUUUCCAUAUAAUGAAAGAACGACUAACAAAAGCAAUUGAGAAUUCCGAAAUUUUUUCCGGCGUCGACUGA